UCUUCUGCGAUCAACUUGAUAAGAGAGCCACUUACAAGGGGAAACGCUUCUAUAAUCCCCCUCCUCGCAUCACUGGAGCUGAGGAUGCUUCUUGCCAAUUCUCGCUUUUUAACCUGCUCGGCAGCUGCAUCAGCAAGAAGAAAGGCAAUCCUUAAUUCCAGGCUUUUCUUUGAGCUUGAGCCAGACCUGUUCGCCCUUCGUCAGAGACCUCCUUUGCAAAUGGAGCCUUGUCGCCAAGCUCUUCUUCUUUUCCCUACACCAUUGCUCCAUAUCUUGAGACUUUCAAUGAGUUCAGAUUAUUUGCCUGACUUCAUCUUCCUCUGUGUGUAUUUGUACUUUGUGGAAGUCCUGACAUGUUCGCAGCGUAGAAUUGUACGCAGUGCCAGAGUGCAUCACGAUCUAUGACCUCCGUGCGCCAUCUGAAGCGCAAGAACGGGAUUUAUGCGGCUGGCAAUUGCAA